GUGGUGGAGCCUGGGCUUCUCCCCGUGCGCGCCCGGCGGGAAGCGCGGCAGAGAGGCUGGCCUCGGCAGCGUGCGUGUUUCCUGCCAAGCAUGGAGGUAUUCCCGUCCCCCCUGGAGUCCGCCAAGUUCAUAGCCGAGCACAGCAAAGAUGUCUCCGUGGACGAGGAGGGGGUGCGGCGCGUGGCGGAGAGCCUGUUCGACAAAGCCUCGGCGGCGGACUUCGGGCUGGCGGGGUGGAAGAGCCUCCACGAGCUGAACCCGCGGACCGCCGACAAGGAGGCUGUAGAUUGGGUGUUCCUGGUGGACACCCUCAACUUCUCCUUCUGGUCCGAGCAGGAGGAGCGCAAGUACCUUGUGAAAUACAAGGAUAAAACCUACAGCGGCUACUGGUCGCUGUGCGCCGCAGUCAACAGAGCCCUGGACGACGGAAUACCUAUCACCAGUGCAUCCUAUUUUGCCACCAUGACGCUUGACCAAGUUAGGCACGUAUUUCGCUCUGACACAGAAGUUCCUUUGCCUUUGAUUGAAGAAAGACAUCGGGUGCUGAACGAAAGCGGAAUAGUUCUGUUAGAGAAGUUUGGAGGGUCUUUCCUCACCUGUGUUAAAAUGAGUGAGAAGAGUGCUCAGAAAUUGCUACGUCUCGUACUGGAGAAUUUUCCUUCUUACAGAGAUGAAGCUGUGUUUGAGAAAAAGAAGGUGUCUUUCUACAAACGGGCACAAAUACUUGUGGCUGACACAUGGAGUGUUUUAGAAGGCAAAGGAGAUGGCUCUUUUGAUGAUAUUUCCAGUCUGACAAUAUUUGCUGACUACAGAAUUCCACAAGUUCUUGUUCACUUAAAAGCAAUGAAGUAUUCUGAAGAAUUAAUGAAGAAACUACGUGAAGGAACACUUUUCCAGUCUGGAGACAAAGAAGAGAUAGAGAUCCGUGGCUGUUCUAUUUGGUGUUGUGCACUGAUUUGUAAGCACCUGCAGGAGCUCUAUCAGAAGAAGGGUCAGGACAUGCAUGAAAAGAUCAAUGCGGUUUUACUCGAUUAUUAUCUUUGGGACUAUGCCCGGGAUCACAGGGAAGACAUGAAAGAUAUCCCAUUCCACCGAGUACGGUGUAUAUAUUACUAAGUCCAGUCUGAUAGCUCUUUUAUUGUUGCCUUAUCUUUCGAACUGCAGAUUUGCUUUUCAUAUGGUGAUCUGUCAUGUGAUAAUUUGGAACUGUUAAAUGCUUGUUUUCUUGUGAUUGAUCAACAAUGUGCCUCUUCUUUCCCACAUUGAUUUAUUACCUUUUAGUUUAAUUUUUUGCUUCCACUGACUGGAAUUAAUAGUAUAAACCUUGCAGGCAGCCUUUGUUAAGGCACAGUUUGUUACUCAUGCUCUUUGACCUUUGUAUUGGUGUAUGUGGCUGUCUGUGCGCACAGCCAGGUGUACGUGCAGAUCCCGUGGUAUAUCUUGCUCCUUGGCCUCUCUCUGUUCCUGCCCGUACCACCUGCACGGAGGAGGCAGGUGCUUGGCAGAUGCUUUACUGCUCAGAGAUGGAAGUAUAACCCGUCCAUUGGUCCAAUAAACACUGUGGUGACAAAUGUGC